AAAUUUUACUCCAACACGCAAAAUGGAGUGCCCUCGGUGCCAGGCAGCCAUCGUGGUGCCACCGCCGGACCCCGCCGGCGAGAACCUCAUCGCACGUCGGCUGUGCGCAUGCUGUGAGCAACUGCUCGACUGGGACGCCUUUGCCGUGGGUCCGGCGAGGGCAGCAGCUAGGCGCUUCAUCGUCUGCGCUAAUGGGCCACAUGCUGUGCGCCACUGGCAGCGUGGUGGCCCACCGGCACCGCCUCUGAGCCCCGCCGCAAUCCGGCUCGCGGUGCUGCAGCGCACCAUGCGCCCGCGAGCCCCGGCUCCAUCGCUGAAGCCAUCGCCGGCCCCACCGCCCGGUGCUCCCCACCGUCGGCGCCGCCACAACUGGGUGGCGCGGCGGCGCAAGAACCGCGAGGCACGCCGCGCGCGUCGGCGCCAGCGCCAGGAGACUCAAGAGUAGUCAUUGGAUAAAAAUAGGCCAAUACACGCACUUCAUUGGUAAAAA